AUGUCCCCCAAGCCCGAGCAUGAGUUGACAGUCCCGGCCCACCUGCCGGCCCCUGUGCUGAUUAUCGCUAUGGGCCCCGCAUCCUGCGGCAAGUCCACGAUAGGCACCGACCUCGCGUCCUCCCUCCACAUCCCCUUCAUCGACGGCGACUCGCUCCACCCAAAAUCGAAUGUGGAAAAGAUGUCGCGGGGGGAGGCGUUGAGUGAUGAGGAUCGGCUGCCUUGGUUGGCGCUUAUACGGUCUACGGCGGAACGGGUGUGUAAGGAGGAAAGUGAGAAGGGGGAGGGUGGGGAGGACGGGGCAGGGGCAGGGGGGAUAGGAAGGCCGGGGGUGGUGGUAGCUUGUUCGGCGUUGAAGGGGUGGUAUAGGGAUAUCCUAAGGGGCGUUGUGGAAGCUGAUCCGCCUCCCAAAGACGACUUGGUGGAAGACCACCCGGCGCCGAACGCGCACCACCGCGCGACGUCCAAUCUGAAAACAUACUUUGUCUACUGCUGCGGUACGCCCGAGCUGCUGCAGGAGCGGAUCGCGGCGAGGAAGGGCCAUUUCUUUGGGGCGCAGAUGUUGGAGGGGCAGCUGGCGAUUCUGGAGGAUCCGAGAGGGGAGGAGGAUGUGGUGGCUGUGGAUAUUGAUGGGACGAGGGAGGUUGUCGGGCAGAGGGCUGUUGAGGGGGUCAGGGGGUUGCUGGAGUAG